AUCUGAGCAAAGAGAAAAUGGAAGCUUGCGGAUGAGGGAAGAAACAAACAAACAAAGUCUGACCAAUUUAAGCUUUAACCCCCCCACCCCUUCUGCUCUAAUUCUUGCUGCUACAUUCACUUUAUAUACUUACAUCUCUCUGUGUGUAGAGCUGUGUUCAUAUUGCAAGAAAGGGAUAGGUGUUUCUUGUUGAUCUCAAGCAUACCCAACUGGAAUGCCAGCAGAUCUGACCCAUUCAUUGUGUUUUUGCAUCGUUUGCUUCAAGUUUUAAUCUUGGGGUUUGGCUUCAGGUGCUUGGCUUGGCUUUGUUUGACUUUGUGUUUGUGGUGUGCAGUUGGAGUUUGGGCUGUGGUCAGUUAAGUUCGAUGAGAGUGAAACUGGUUUGAAGUUCUUUGUGGAAAAUUUAGUUGGCGGAGAUGCCUCCGUCCCCAUUACUGAGACGCUCACCUGGAAGGGAGCUUAAGGCAGACAAUCACAAGAGAGGGCGCAGUCUUGAAGGUGGAAUUCUCUUUAAAGAGAAGGAAGAAGAUCUAGCUUUGUUUAACGAGGUGCAAAAUAGGGAACGGGACAAUUUCUUACUCCAGUCGAGCGAUGAUUUUGAAGAUACUUUCUCUACAAAGUUGAGAUACUUCUCAGAUCAUAAGCUUGGGCUAGCUGUUCCUGUACGAGGAGAGAGUAGCAACCUUCUGAACGCCGAGGAGGAAAAAAAUGACUAUGACUGGUUAUUAACUCCUCCGGACACUCCGCUCUUCGCUUCUCUGGAUGACGAGGUACCUCCACUUAAUCUUCCCCAGAGGGGAAGACCGCGAAGUCAACCCAUUUCAAUCUCAAGAUCUUCGACGAUGGAAAACAGUCGAAGAAGCAGUAGAGGUAGUGCAAGUCCAAAUCGCCUCAGCCCAUCUCCUAAGUCUAGCAGUAGUGUUGUUCAAGCAAGAGGCAGGACGUCAUCAGCACCUCAUUCAAGUCCAAACCCUAGUUUACGACGUGUCAGUCCUUUGCGUAGACCAUCCCCCCCACCUGGAAAACCCUCAACACCCACUCGAAGGUCAACCACACCAACUCCUAGAAGGGUGAGUACAAGUUCUAUCAGUAAUGUGGCAUCUUCUGGUAUUAGGGGUAUAUCUCCCGUAAAGUCAAAUAGAGGAAACUCAGCUUCACCAAAAGUAAGGGCUUGGCAGUCAAACAUUCCUGGGUUUCCCUCCGAGGCACCUCCAAAUCUUCGUACUUCCUUGGCUGAUCGUCCAGCAUCGUAUGUGAGGGGAUCUUCACCAGCAUCCAGAAAUGGUAGAGAGUUUCCUUCUAAAUCUGGCCGACAAUCAAGGUCUCCAACUACAGCCAGAAGUAUUGGUUCAUCACAUAGUCAUGAUCGAGAUCGAUUUAGCUCUCGAAGUAAAGGUUCGAUUGCGUCUUCUGGUGAUGAUGAUGCAGAUUCUCUAGUAUCCAUUACAGUAGGUAGCUCAGAGCAAUCGUCGACAAGGAGGAUGAGUUCCUCUCCAAAUAAUAGAGCUCCUGCAUUUUCCAAGAAACCUUUUAGAACAGUUGCCUCUAAUUCUGCUCCAAAAAGAUCCUUCGACUUGGCACUUCGACAAAUGGAUCACCGGAAAAGUCCACAGAAUAUGUUCAGGCCACUGUUAUCUAGUGUUCCCAGUUCAACCUUGUAUGCUGGGAAAACAAGUCCUGCACAGCAUGCAAUUACAUCUAGGAAUUCGAUAACUAGCAGCAACGCAAGUUCUGAUCAGGUCACAGGUGCAGAACACGAUACUGAAGGAAGUGAACAAAAUCAGGACGAUGUAACUAGUGCAUUUAUGGAGAGCCUUGAGGCUCCUCUUGUGUAUACUAAGGAUGAGUUUUAUGACUCUGAUAAGGCUGGUGCAGUAAACGAAAGUAUCAUGCAUGAAACCCAGGAUGGAUCUAGUAGUUCUCAGCAUGCUGACUUAGUUGGUAGCCAUGAAAUCUAUGAAAAUCACGGAAACCAUUGUUCUGGUAUGGAAACUGUUGCGGCUUCUGGAACUUCUGACGCUGCUUUGGAUCAUGAUGGUCCUGAAGACAUGUUACUUUGUCAGAGCUGUGGGAAUAUGUAUUAUGACACUGAUUUGACAGAUGCGGAAUUUAAGGUUUGUCAUGACUGCAGGUCGAAUGAGUACUUGACUAUCAGCAAUGUUGUGGCAGCCCCAAUCACUGCUGGAAACUUUCCCGUGACGAACUCAAGGAUUUUGGAAGAGUCGGGUCCCUUUGGCACAACAGAUCCUUCUGUAGUGGCACCUGUGUCUGCUGGAGUGACUAGCAUUGCUGAAUCAGGAACCCGCCAACAUGAAAAUACCAGUAAGGAAAACACGGGUUCCUACAGUGAGCCAAUUUGGGACUUCCUGUCUACUGAUUCUGUUUUAGGGAACGUUGUGGAAGAAAGCGAUCAGAGGCAUCCUAACCCUCAAGUAGUAGGUCAACCUACAACUAGCUAUUGUGUACCUGAUGGCGGGACUGGUGAUCAGCAAAUGAAAAGAUCUCAUGACUAUCCACCUGUAAAUGCUUCAGGAGGUGCAGGCAUCUCUGUUCUGCUGAACCGAUCAAGUAGUGGCAGAGGUGCAUUUCUCCAAAGCAGGUCUUUUACCGCCAGUAGUAAUUCUUAUGACGAUUCAUCUUAUGUAAGAGAUAGUGCAUAUAGCUUGAGAAGCUCUUAUGGGCAUGGCAGUUUGUCUGCAUCAUCUUCAGUUGACUUGGGUUUGUAUAGACAAACAGAGGCUCGUGUUCAGAGGCAGCUAAGUGGGAAACAAUCUGACCUCGAAAAUUACAGGCAUGACAUGAACACUAAACACCGGCGAACUGGCUCAUCUUUGUCCGCUGCUUCAAAUCCUGCAUUGCAAACUUCAAGUUUUACACCAGGCAUGCUUGAACAAAGUCCUGAUGUAUCUCUUUCCCAAGUAAGAGAUGAUGCAGUUGCAACACUUGUUGAUGCUCAGGAACAUUUACUAUCUUCAGAAAAUAUGGAAGAAGAUGAUGUGCGCACUGAUGGUGAGAGUACCUAUAAGUGUAAAACAAUGGAUCCGUCUCCCUCAGAAUCAUCGACCAAUAUACUAAACAAGCAUCAGCUUAGUACGUUGACUUCAUUUUCAAACUCUGAAGAGUCUUCUUCAUAUGAGAAUGUUGAAGACUUGACCAAUAAUUUGAAAAAUGUUGUGGUUGUAGAAGCAUCAACCAAUUCCUUGGAGUCUUCUGUCGUGGGGGAAGAGACAGUGCCAAGUUCUUCCGUUGACAUGGUCGAAGGUCCUAAAUUUAAUUCUCAAAGUUCUUUUGAUAAAAUCUCUGAAAUAGAAACUGAGAAUGUGCACCAAGGUACUCCGGAGAUACCUUCUGAUACUGUCUCCACAAGUUCAAGAAGCAGCAUGAAUGAAUUACUGGAUCCUCACAAUACUACCACGUCUGAUAAAGAUAUUACUUUGGCUGCAGAACCUGACAUUUCAAGUGACGAACAUCGCACCCUUGAGGAAUCAACGGUGAUGGUGGUGGGAAAAGGUGGAUCCAAAGCCAGAAGCUUGACUCUGGAAGAAGCAACCGAUACAAUACUUUUCUGCAGCUCUAUUGUUCAUGAUAUGGCCUAUAAUGCUGCAACCAUAGCAAUAGAAAAGGAAAACCCUGCUCCAGUGGAAGGAUCUCGCCCGACUGUUACUAUAUUGGGAAAAGCGAACCCUGAAAGAAAGGAUGCCCAACCCAGAACUGCAGCCAAACGCACUUCAAAGCCACAAAAAGCUAAGCCAAGGCGAGAUGAAAGUGACACAAAGCCUCCUAGCAACAGCAGUAACGAUGAAAAUAUUGACGUAUCCACAAACCGCAUUGUUGGAGCGUAUGAUAACGAUGCCAAGAGCAUGAAAGCACCUCCUAAGCUGGAGUCGAAGUGCAAUUGUACAAUAAUGUAAAAGUUGUUGACUGCUAUUUGCUGCAAGUGCUGCUCUCUUGGUCCAAUUCAGAUGAAAAGGUAGCGGGUGCUUUUCCUUAAAUAUUUUCGGGUUGAUUUUUACAGCAUCGUCGCCAAAUGCUAUUUGUUGCUAUUUUUACAUAGUUAUCGGUAACAACACAUCUUUGUAGUGUCAUAGACUCAUAAUCCUUGUAAAGUUGGGAAAUUUAUUAGGCUAAUAGUUGGAAGAGAUUGGAGGUUGUUAGUGUUAUGUACUUGGUUAUCGUGUUGGACAAAUAGAGCAGCAAGCUUCAAGUCCCUUGUUGAGGUGAUAAGAGGAAUGGGAAUGUGAUGAACAAGAGCAAUUCAAUUCUUGUCCCUUCAUCUAUAUGUAUUUUGUAGCUAAUUUCUUGGAAGCAGCUGUUUGUAUUCACCUUUAGUAGUUUGGCAGAUAGAUGAAAAACAACAAUAAAUUGUAUUUUAUUUGUUCAUAUUAUUCAGAAAUUACUAGUUGUGAUUAAA